AAACACAUGUAUUUUCCUGUUUAAAUUUAGCGAAUUGGUCCUCUGCCUGUCCCUUGAUUUAGCUAUUGGGCUGAGCCUUGCUCCUCCCUUCCCUACUCGGAUAGGAGCCACAGGGAUCUGGAGCUCGAGCUUCCAAAUUGAGCUGGCCUCAGGCCAGGUGACCUUUUCUUUGCACUGAGUCGGAACAGGCUUCUCUCAGCCAGGCAUCUCCUCCAGUGGGAUCCGCCAGCGCGUCCAGCAGCACCAUGUGGGUGACCAAACUUCUUCCAGUCCUGCUGCUGCAGCACGUCCUCCUCCACCUCCUUCUGCUUCCCAUCCCCUAUGCAGAAGGACAGAAGAAAAGAAGAAACACACUUCAUGAAUUCAAAAAGUCAGCAAAGACUACUCUAAUUAAAGAAGACCCAUUACUGAAGAUAAAAACAAAAAAAAUGAACACUGCAGACCAAUGUGCCAAUAGAUGUAUUAGGAAUAAAGGACUUCCAUUCACUUGCAAGGCCUUUGUUUUUGAUAAAGCAAGGAAACGAUGCCUCUGGUUCCCUUUCAAUAGCAUGACAAGUGGAGUGAAAAAAGAGUUUGGUCAUGAAUUCGAUCUCUAUGAAAACAAAGACUACAUUAGAAACUGCAUCAUUGGCAAAGGAGGUAGCUACAAGGGAACAGUAUCUAUCACUAAGAGUGGCAUCAAAUGCCAGCCUUGGAAUUCUAUGAUACCACAUGAACACAGCUUUUUGCCUUCGAGCUAUCGGGGUAAAGACCUACAGGAAAACUACUGUCGAAAUCCUCGAGGGGAAGAAGGGGGACCUUGGUGUUUCACAAGCAAUCCAGAGGUACGCUACGAAGUCUGUGACAUUCCUCAGUGUUCAGAAGUUGAAUGCAUGACCUGCAAUGGGGAAAGUUAUCGAGGUCCCAUGGAUCAUACAGAAUCAGGCAAGAUUUGUCAGCGCUGGGAUCGUCAGACACCACACCGGCACAAAUUCUUGCCAGAAAGAUAUCCCGACAAGGGCUUUGAUGAUAAUUAUUGCCGCAAUCCUGAUGGCAAGCCGAGGCCAUGGUGCUAUACUCUUGACCCUGACACCCCCUGGGAGUACUGUGCAAUUAAAAUGUGCGCUCACAGUACUAUGAAUGACACAGAUGUGCCUAUGGAAACAACUGAAUGCAUUCAGGGUCAAGGAGAAGGUUACCGGGGCACCACCAACUCCAUCUGGAAUGGAGUUCCCUGUCAGCGUUGGGAUUCCCAGUAUCCUCACCAGCAUGACAUAACUCCUGAAAAUUUCAAGUGCAAGGACCUACGAGAAAAUUUUUGCCGAAAUCCAGAUGGAGCUGAGUCACCCUGGUGUUUUACCACUGAUCCAAACAUCCGAGUUGGCUACUGCUCCCAAAUUCCAAAAUGUGAUGUGUCGACUGGACAAGAUUGUUAUCGUGGGAAUGGCAAAAAUUAUAUGGGCAAUUUAUCCAAAACACGAUCUGGACUAACAUGUUCAAUGUGGGAGAAGAACAUGGAAGACUUACACAGGCAUAUCUUCUGGGAACCAGAUGCUAGUAAGCUGAAUAAGAAUUACUGCCGGAAUCCUGAUGAUGAUGCCCAUGGCCCCUGGUGUUACACGGGAAAUCCUCUCAUUCCAUGGGAUUAUUGUCCUAUUUCUCGUUGUGAAGGUGAUACCACACCUACAAUAGUCAAUUUAGACCAUCCCGUAAUAUCUUGUGCCAAAACAAAACAACUGCGAGUUGUAAAUGGAAUCCCAACGCGGACAAAUGUAGGAUGGAUGGUUAGUUUGAAAUACAGAAAUAAACAUAUCUGUGGAGGAUCAUUGAUAAAGGAAAGUUGGAUUCUUACCGCAAGACAAUGUUUCCCUUCUCGAAACAAAGACUUGAAAGAUUACGAAGCUUGGCUUGGGAUUCAUGAUGUCCACGGAAGAGGAGAUGAGAAACGCAAACAGGUUCUAAAUGUGUCCCAGCUGGUAUAUGGGCCUGAAGGGUCAGAUCUGGUAUUACUGAAGCUUGCUAGGCCUGCUGUCCUGGAUGAUUUUGUUAGUACAAUUGAUUUACCUAAUUAUGGAUGCACCAUUCCUGAAAAAACCACUUGCAGUGUUUAUGGCUGGGGUUAUACUGGAUCAAUCAACUCUGAUGGUCUAUUACGAGUAGCACAUCUCUAUAUUAUGGGGAAUGAGAAAUGUAGCCAAUACCAUCAAGGGAAGGUGACUCUGAAUGAGUCUGAAAUAUGUGCAGGUGCCGAAAAUAUUGUGUCAGGACCAUGUGAGGGAGAUUAUGGUGGCCCACUUGUUUGUGAACAACAUAAAAUGAGAAUGGUCCUUGGUGUCAUUGUUCCUGGUCGUGGAUGUGCCAUUCCAAAUCGUCCUGGCAUUUUUGUCCGAGUAGCAUAUUAUGCAAAAUGGAUACACAAAAUUAUAUUAACAUAUAAGAUACCACAGUCAUAGCUGAUGUAACUGUGUUUGAGGCUUGCAUCAGUACAAUUCCCUUUUACAUGAAGAUUUCGGAGAACAUGGAAUUAAAAUGUCACUGAAAACAAUCCUGAGACAACUACUUGAGUGUCAUGUUUGUUAAGAUACUCAUUAAUAUUUAUGGGUGUUUUCUGUCGUUUCGUUUGUCAGUGUUAUUUUGUAAAUGUUGAAGUGAAUUAAGGUACAUGCAAGUGUAGUAACAUAUCUCCUGAAGAUACUUGAAUGGAUUAAAAACUGCAAAGGUAUAAUUGCUGGAUGAUAAAAGAUUUAAUGGAAAAGUUCAAUUACUCUCUCUACGCUGCUUUCCAAGAUUAAUUUCUUAAUAAUGAAUAAGCCAUGAGUUAAACAUUAUUUUAACCUCACAAAGACAAUUUAUACCUGUGCCCUUAAACUGUAGCUCUAUAUUAAAUUAAUUUACCUUUCAUACGCAAUACACUAUAUUUCAUUCAUUCCUCCUCACUGUGUAUCUUGUAAUACUGGUACACAUACUUUUUAUGAAAUCAUGUACCCAUAUAAUCCUACCUGGGUGCACAUGUGCAUGCACUAGAGUUCAAAUCGUGGUAUAUCUAAUGUAGCCUCUAAAUAUUUUGAGUGCUUACCUAUAUAGUUUGUCCUUAAGAGGAAACCAUAAAUGUCUAAAGACCAGUAGAAAAUUUAAGGAAAGGUGCAAGACAGAAGUGACCAGCUCAUUCUCUAGAAAUAAUCUGCAGAUGAUUUCUACUGGUUGGCAUUUAAGGUGUGGUCAUGACCCACAAAGUUAAGUAAUGCCUAAUCUAGGUGUUUAAACAUAUUUAUCAUCCUAGUCAUUGUGUAGUUUCUAAUUCUUAAAAGGAAGAGGGUAAUAUGUGUAUUAGUAUUAUUUCUUUCCUUCAAAUUUAGGGACACUUAUUUAUGAAAGAUAUUUUUAGAUCUACUUUCCUAAAAUACUUUUUACUAGUCUUAGAUAAUUGUGUAAUUGAAGCUUAAAAAUGUUUCGGUCUUUAAAAUGUAUUUAAGUAGGUUAAUUAUAAGACUUGCUGGGUGAUUGGCUUGUAGUUCGCCUUCUUUGAAUUUUUAAAGAUUAUUUCAGAGGAAAAUUUCCAUGUAUCCCCAAAGAUUUGUAAAGAGACUUCCAUCAAACUAUGCAUUACAGUACAUAUUGAAGAAAAAAAUCAGAAUACAUUUCUUAACCUGGAACUCUUUUAGCCUAAUAAAACUUUAUUUAAGUAAAGGGGAAAAAAUGUAAUAGGAAAGGAAAUAAACUAGCUUGUCUAAACUCUGAAUUCAGUUAUAUUUUUAAAGGAGAGUUACAUCUGCUGAAUGAAAGAUUUUUAUCAAGGUAUCUAAAUUUUGUCUUAUUUCAUUUUACAACUUUGGCAUCUUUCUAAUGCCAUGGGGAAUAUUCAUUUGAAUUUUGUAUUCUGUCUAAUAAUACCAGAUUAUCAUGUUUAUUAUUGUAUUUGACAUGAUUAGCUAAAAAAAUCAUGUAUUUGUCAAGAAAUGAGAUCACAAGGACUAAUAGGAUAGGCUGUGAAUUUUCACAAAACCAUCCCGUACAAAUUUUAAAAUGAUUAUUUGAAUGCUCCCAAUCCGGUAUCACCAUUAUCUCUCAUGUGUUUUUCUUGAAUAAUGUCAAUUAAGGCCAGAUAUCCUAAUCAUGCUCUAAAAGUUUCAUAGGACACUGUUUAAUCUUGAGUAAAAUGCUCUUAAAUUUACUUGAAAACUUAGUCCACAGAGUGUAGGACAGCAAGUCGAGAAAUGCCUAUCCAAAUUGUGCAAUGGACACAUAUAUACAUAUGUGUGUAUGUGUCCAUUGCACAAUUUGGAUAGGCAUUUCUCGACUUGCUGUAUAUGUACAUAUGGUCAGAUAUGUGCUGGUAUCAAGAAACAGGGAAAGCAAAGAGACUUCCAAAAGCUGUCAGUCCACACCAUCUUAUUUGAUUGUAUUUUUCUUUCCUUAUAUGAUAUAUCAUUCUAAUCCAAACACUAGGAAUUUCAAAGGUAUAUUGUCCAAAAAUUAUUUUUCAGUUUUUUCCUGCUGAACUGGCAAAAUUUUAUUCAGUCAUAUAUUAGCGAUAUUUGUAAAACAUUUAUGAAAUUCUAAUACUUUUAAAAACUCAUAUUUUAAAAUAUUUCUUAUACGACUUUUCUUCCAAAUUUCCAUGGAACGAGAGAUAGGGAUUCCCUAGAUACAAGAUGAAGCUAACUUUGUAGAUAUUUUGAAUUCACUGUUUUCCAUUUUCUUAAAGGGUGUAAACAUACCACUCAUGAAACAUCAGACAUGGUACACAAAGCAGUUACAGCUUUGGGAAGUUCCCUUUGUAACAGAGGGAGGUCAGCAGAACUGACAAUAAAAGCAAGAUGAACAAGAUCCAUGUUAUUUUAGGUGGUAGGACAAUGGAUAAUAAUAAUGUCAUUUUUCUCUGGUGAAAGAUACUAUUUCCUGGGCAUUCUUUUCUUAAUAAAUGAUAAAAAAUGAAAAAUCCAAGUUAUCCAAAAUCCAUUGUAUUUUGAGUAAUGGACAAAGGGAGCUUUUAAAUUAGAAGUUUUUAAUGCUAUUUUUGUUUGGGUUGUUUGAAUAAUGGUUAUGUGCAGUUGUCACUGUGGACAUUUUCUUAUGUCUUCCAGGAAUAGUAAUGUAAAAUUAAAAUAUUUGUCAUAAUGCCUCUGCCGUGCAGAAGGGGUGAUAAUCCUUUUGUAUACUUCCUUAAUUUUAUUGUAAAAUAUGUAAUAAGUUUUACCUAUUUGCUGUGGGCAGGUCCCCAGUAAAAUGGUUUAUAUUGAAUCAAUUUCUAGUAUUAACAGGCUCUCGCUUGCUAUCUGAGUGUUUCAAACUGUGGGAAAUUUGAGACACUGGAAGGCAAGAAAAAUAACAGUAAUGGCAUGUGAUAGCAAAAUUGUAUUUCACUUAUUCCUGUGAAUAUUUCUUGUUGGUACCAAUGGUACUAUACAAACUGAAUGUUAUAGCCGCAACAUUCUCUUGGGGGGUAAAAAAAAAAGCACUGUCAAGAAAUUGUUGUCAGACAUUUUGUUGUUGUUGUUGUUGUUUCUAAAUAUCUUCAUUUCAUUUUUUUUAAGAAAUAAAUACUGGUAUUGCAAUAUAGAAAUCAUGAGGUAAGGAAUUUUAAUAAACUCUCUUGCUAAAAACUUUAAAUUGAUUAACUAAGGUUCCAAAUAUAACUACUUUCAAUUAUAUUACAUAUUGAUAGACAAACUCAUUUGGAGAAAAGUCAACUUGAAUAAAAAGACAUAGUUGUGUGUCAAUACCUCUCAUAAUAAAGUAUCUUUUAAUGUUCAACUGAGUUUUGUAGUAAGAAUUUACUAAUACAAGAAAAAUGUUAACAUUUUCUGGUCCCUAUAAAUCUUGACAGUGUAAUUUUAAGUAGGUUCAUUUCCAUUUGCACAGAAAGUUUCUAUCUUUAGGAAACUGAAAAGGGAAUACUGUGGAUGUUAUAACUGUUUGUCUUGGUGUAAAUAGGAAAUUGAUAAGCUGCCUAUUGAGUGGUAUGGCUGGAUGCUUACCCAAAAGGGGACACUGUGGUUAUGACUUGUGUAUAAAGUUCCUGUAGUUAAUAAAGUUGCUAUUUUUAUAACCAUGAUUAUAUUAUUAUUCUUAAUAAUAAUAAAAUAUUUUAUCAAAA